GUCUUUCGCCGGGGAAGAGAUGUGAGUGCGAAAGGGUACAUUUUUUUCUUCGCCGGGGAAAAAUGAAGAGGCCAGUCUGAAAGGGGUAUUAAUAACAAAAAUCUUACAUUCCGUUUGUUGAUCAGUUUUUGAAAAUUCCAGAGCAAGCUCCCCUUUUGCUUCUACUGUUCCCUAUGUUUUUCCCUGUCUUUGGCUUGAGAUUUUCUAGAAUAUUCUUUCCUGGAUGAUUUAAUCUUUUAAUUUUUUCCUGUUUGUUGUUUGACUAAUGACAGGCCAUGUCCUAACUCUUACCCAGACUGAGCACGAGCAGACCAGCUGCUAACAUGGACAACGAACUGCCCCGCCAGGAACUGGUCAAGUGCGUCGUGGUCGGCGACAGCGCGGUGGGCAAGACCAGACUGAUCGUAGCCCGGGCAACCAACCAAGCAAUGACUAGAUCGCAGCUCUUCCAGACUCACAUUCCUUCCGUCUGGGCCAUUGACCAGUAUCGCAUGUGCCAAGAGGUUCUUGAGAACUCCUGGGAGACGAUAGAUGGGGUCAGUGUGUCCCUGCGUCUCUGGGAUACCUUCGGUGACCAUGAAAAAGAUAGACAGUUCGCUUACGGCAGGGCAGACGUCGUGCUCCUGUGCUUCUCCAUUGCCGAUGCCGUCUCGCUGAAGAACGUGAAGAAAAAGUGGCUGCCGGAGAUCCGUCACUUCUGCCCCCGGGCGCCCAUCAUCAUGUGUGGAUGCAAAAACGAUCUCCGUUACGCCGACCUGGAGGCCCUGAAGAAAGAAAGGGGGCCAGUGAGCCACCAAUGUUCUCGCCAUCGAGCCUUUGACCCCGAAGGUAUACUUCCUCCAAAAGAAGGCCGCAACAUUGCCAAAGAAUCCAACUGCGUCUACUACGAAACCAGUUCCUACACACUGUAUGGAGUCCAGGAGGUCUUUGACAAUGUAGUGAGGGCGGCGCUCAUCUACAGACGGCAACAUAGGUUCUGGCAGUCCAAUCUAAAGAAGGUCCAGAAGCCACUCCUGCAAGCACCCUACUUACCAGGUUGUCCUAGAGAGCCUAGUAUCCACAUCCCAGAAUCCACAUAUGCUUCAGAUAUCAGUUUCUUACUCAAGGAACCAGCUUGUGCUGAUGUCAUCUUCACAGCACAUGGAGAGCUGAUCUGUGCACACAAGGUUUGCCUCUUGGCUGCUUCACCUAUAUUUAGUGAAUUGUUCCUCGAUGAUGAAAAAGAAAUAGAAUUGUCCAAACAGUCCUCAUCAUCUGUAAACAACUCAAGUAAUGAGAACCAGUCACAAGCCAAAGAUAUCCUUCAACCACACCACCACAACGUUCCCCAUCAAAGUCCUCGGUCAGAGUCCCCGAUGUGCUGUCACAGUCCCACACCAGACAGGUCCCAGUCACCCGAAUGUAACCAUGAGAACAUUUGCCCCUCACCUCCCCUGGGGUUGCACCCUAACUUUAAUACCCUCCUAGCAGAGGACCAGUGUUUGAGCAUCUCACCCAAUGGGAACACGUGCCUGUUUUCCGGCUCCGCUCAGCACAAAAACUGCAGCAAGGCCAAGCCUGCGAUGAGCUCAUCGCCAUCGCACCAUCAACAGACCUCAACACCAACCAGGUUUCGCUCAUCCUCCCCAUCCAUUAGGUCCUCACCGCUGCAGCAGAUCAACACGCCCACAGUGCCUGCCAACCUCCAAUGCCUUCCGACAAAGACUCUGAAUCACCAGGCCUUUGACUCCAUCCAUUUACAGCAGGUCACCGACAACCUGGGUGGUCGAACCAUCCAGCGGCACAUUGUUGUCCUUAACCCCAAGAUCACAGCGGAAGCAUUCAGGGCAGUUCUGGAGUUCCUAUACACAGGUUCAUUGGACAUCAAGGUGUACAGUAGCCUUAGCGAUAUCAUCACUGCUGCAUCUUUGUUGGACCUAUCGGACCUGGUUGCCUUUGUGGCCAAUGUAAAGAAUCAGGAAGUGUUUCUCAAUGCAGAUCUAGUAGACAACUUUCUGCAUAAAAGAAAGGAGCGGUUUGCCAAGCUCUUUGCCAACCAAGGCCUUCUGUCAGAUUUAGUGAUUAAUGUUGAAGAUGGUCAAGUGAAGAGUCACAAGUGUCUGGUCAUGGUGAGAUGUGAUCCGAUGUUAGCUAUGCUCAGUGGCAACUUUAAGGAAAGCUCAUCAGAGGUAUCUAUGAAAACCUUCAAGAAGUCGACCUUUGAGUUGUUCUUGGAGUACCUGUACACUGACCAGUGCCACAUAGAGACCAACUCCGAUGCUCUAGCUCUCUUAGAGCUAGCCAACUUCCUGUGCUUGCCCCACCUGGUUGCCCUGUGUGAGAAGAGUGUUGUCCAUGAGCUCCAGUCCAGCAUGGAGACACAAGAAGUCCUUGAUGAAGCCGUUGUCAGUGUCCUCCAGUUAGCCAAGCUUCACAAUGCUCACCAGCUCCAUAGCUGGUGCAUCCAUUACAUGACCAUACGCUACAUCGACGUCCAGAAGGGCCGACCAAAACUGUUCAAGGAGCUUGCUCCAGAGUAUCGCAAGCAGAUAGAGCGCCAGCGGUGGCCACCCGCCUACUAUCUAGACGAAGCAGCUUACUUUGAAAAAUGUCUGGCUGAGCUGAAGAAAGGCAAUGACAUUCGGACCAAGAAACACAAGUGGUGUCUGAGAUGAUUUCAUCCAGGUUCUAGGUGACUCCUUUCCCCCUACCAAAGACUGUUGCAGGUCUUAUCCCUCUGUGCCCUGAUAUUGUUUUGCUGCUGUUUUCACAUUAAAGCUCUUGAUGUUGUCUAGGGUGGAUGAAGUGCGGGGCUGAAUGUAACUCAUAUGUGAUGGUUGAUUGUGGCAAGGUAUUUAUUAAUUGUCUGUCGCUCUUCACGCAGGAGUAGGAAGUGUUUAGCUGGUAGGAAGGUACCCCUGGGAGCCUUAUCAUGGCUACUCAGUAAAGCAGGGGCCUGUAACACAAAGCUUAGUAAUUGGUCUUUGGACUGAUCAAUCAUAUAAGCAGCCCCACAAUCAAUUUGCUAUGCUGUAUGUUACUGAGCCAAGGGGUAAUAAUGAUUUCACAGUACCAUUCGACUUAUAUUCUAAUGCUAGAGAAGAAUUUAGGUAGUUUUAUUGAAACAAAAAUAGAUCCUAUGGAUUUAAAAGCCUCAAAUUAUUGUCAAGCACUACUACCAAUCAAACAGUAAUUUUUGUGUUGUCUAGAUAUUUUUGAUAGAAACCAGGAUACUGUUUCACAAAGGUUGUACCAUUUAUUUAAUUACUAUGGUAACAGAUCUAACCAGCCAACCACAAUGAUAGUUCAUAUAUUGGCAAAGUUUCCAUUAUUGUAAGUCAUUGUGAAAAAAGGCCACAGAUAAUCAUCUGACCAUACUAGUAUUUAUUAUUCCAAUUAUUAUGCUUUAGUUUGAGAAGUCCAAUAUGAAUGGACUUACAAGGGUAUGGAAUGAAGUCUAUGAGUCAGUGCUUAUAGUGCAGAAACUCAGAUUGGGCAAAAUGUCACCUUCGUUUUCCAUAUUAUUUGCAAAAUAUUGGUUGUUAUGAAAGAUGUUUAGACUAAACCGAAAUGAGUAAAGGAAGAAAUUUGAUUUCUUGUGAAUCUUGUCCCAGACAUUGAACAAAAACUUAUUCAAUUCCCAUUAUUUUAAAUCAUUUGUUUAUUUUUCAUUGAACUUUAUUAAGAUUUAAUCUUAAGCCCGGCACACAAUAUGUGAUUCGUUGCAAUCCAAAUUUAAAGAAAUUGUAAUAACAUUUGAUAUAAACAUGUCAACCAGUAAAAUCUUAUCAAUCAGAUUUCAGAAUAGUGGUAGGACUACUGAAAUCGAAAUUCAGUCUGGGUCGAGCCUCCCUAUAGAAAUAAAAGCAAAUUCAAAUUGUCAUCAUCAUUAUUGGCUGUGACCUGAAGCCGAUUUGGACUUUACUCCAACCACAGGGCUUGCCACAAAGCAAAACAAUUAUUUUCUUAUUCCUGACAUUAUGCAGAACUUCAAAUUAAAUGAUUUUGACUUCUUGAAACUUUCAUAUUUAAUGCAAACUGCAAUUUAUUCCAAAAUUCGUGUUGCAUCGGAUCGCAUAGUGUGCGCUGGGCUUUAGUGUUUGUACAUAUAUACAUUAUGUGAUGAGUGUAAUUUUGAGUGAGUUCACUCUGUACUUCUGAAAUGCAAGAAUUUGUGUCUUCUUAAAAUAUGAAUUGAAGUAAAUUAUUAUGUGAUGGUGCUAGAGACUCGUGAGUUGUAGAAAGAUCUCUACUGAUAUGUAAAAUAUGCUAUUUGUUGGAUAAAAAUAUAUAUUAUUUGCUGAAAUGGAUGUAUAAAGCAUUGGAAUCUUAAGAAUAAACGCACUGAGACACAUGAAAGUGUAUGUACAUACAAGGUGAUAGAUGACCAUAAGAAGCUUGUUUUGACUGAGCUUCAUCGCUCUUAAGGAACUGUGUAUAAUCAGUAUAAAAUAAUGUUUUAUUUAGUGGGGAAACAUCAUCGAAUGCAGAUUAGUCUCAAUUUAUUUCUUGAUUUGAUUAAUUUUGUUGGGAAUCUUGGUCUCAUCUGGCAGACAAUGAUGGAUAUUUAAAGCAUAAACUAAGUUAAACCUGUCAGGGAUGCUUUAUUAAGUUGUUUUCAAGACUAGACCACAUUUCUUUUGUUUAAUGAGACACCCUAAUUUCCAUGCUGAUUUAACAAAGUGGGGCCAAAUUACAUAUGACCCUCAUUAAAUUGAACCUUUGUGUAGUGGACAUUUACAUGAUAAUUCUCCAAUGCAUUACUGUAUGAUAAUUCCACCCAUUAUAUUACAAUAUCAUAUCACUUUUGAUAUUUUGAAAGUGUCGGGUCAAGUGCAAGUCCCAAAAUUGACAAUGGAAGAACUAUUCAAAUUUGUAUGUUCAUCAAGAGUUUGGAUAGAGGGUGGGAGGGGGGGGGGAGUCCACUCCUGUGUCAUUAAAUGAACUUUGACCCCAAAAAUGUGUUAAUUAGAGCACUCUAUGUUUAUUAUAUUAGGCAUUACAUUUGUCAGUAUUGUUUUAAGAGAGAGAUUUUACCCUUCAGUAUUUUACCUUUUGAAAACACUAUAGUUAAGGAAUUUUCUAAGGAUGUCUAUGAGUUCGUCUUUUCUUAAUAAAAUCUUUACUAAUGUAUGACAAUCUUAAUGAGACUCUCUAUUAUAAUAAAUUGCUUUAUCUUAGAUGAAUUUAUGCAGACCUAUUAACCGUGAACAUUGUAAUUUAUAUUUACAUUUUUCAGUGCAAAAUACAAGAAUCUUUGUUUAUAGGGAUGUUUUGUAUAAUCAGGUAAAAACGGCUUUGACUUUGGCAAAUAUUUGGCUUAUGGAAGUCAACUCCUACAAGUUUACCUGUAUUUUUUGCAAUGUUGUUUAUUUCUUUCUUUAGCAAAUAUCAAUAUUAGCUGAUGUGAGUGAAAUUAACAGAAAAGCUCACUAGACUUGAAUGCCCUUGGUGUUUGUUGGUAACAUUGUGCUUAAUGUUUGAACAGUUUUGUAAAACUGUUGCCAAGUUUGCAUAUGUCUCGUCAGCAGAAUACAACGUUCUUCAAUGUUUCUCUCUUUCUUAAGACAGACUAAUUAUAGAGCAUUGCAAGAAAGUUGCAACCAAUGGCAAGUCAAAUUCAAGUCACAAAAUCAGUCACAAGUCUGGCAAUUAAUUCCAAAUUUAUACUUGAUUGCUUGUCCGCUUCUUGCAACUAGUAGUAAGAAUCCAUUUUUUGUUGCAGUUAUAAUGAAUAUAUCAAUUGUAGAUUAGCUGCAGAAAUUCGCAAAUUGAUUGCAAAUAUUUUCUUGCAACACCCCAUUUCUUGGUGACCACUCUAGACAAAAGAUCUAACUUGCUAGGUUUCAUCGUAUAGCUAACAGUAUCGGUUUUAGGUGCUUUUUUUUAAAUUCACUCUUACCCCUUUGUCACCAGUAAUCGAUGCAAGUUUUGAUUUGCCUUGGAUCAAACUAAUCUGCUGCUCAUCAUUGUGCUGUCUUGCAAUGAUUAUCAUUCCAUAUGUUAUUUCAUUCAUCAAUCACACACCUUAACGACACUUUCACUUUCCAAAGAUGAAUACUUGUUUCAUCUUUUCACGUUUGCGUUGAGUACGUGGGUGACUCGAUAGCAGUGACCAGUCUAUUGGAAAGGAAUGUUAUAUAAGUCUUAUUUCUAUAACAUGUUAGAAACUAUUAUUGUUCGGGAAAUUCCAUAAGUAUGUGAUCUCAUGUCUUUAUAUUUUACUCACCCCCCCCCCUCUCUCUCUUUAAUCUUAAACAAGAAAAAUUCACAGUGCCAUACAUUCUCAAGAAUAUUGCAGAUUAAGUAGACUAUAAAAUGCCUGGAAGCAUUAUUGUACAGGUAGAUUAAGCCAUGAUAUGUGUUUAAAAAAGGUAUGAAUAAAUUAAAUUGUCACUCACCUUUAAGUUUUAACUUUCUUUACAUGCUAAAAAGUGCAAGUAACUUUAUAUUUUGUGCAGCUACAUAUUGUUAGAAUUAUUAUUGAUGCUUUUGUCUCCUUUGUCUCAAGGAUAAUGAAAUGUUACAGACAAAUUAUUAUCAGAGGACUUUUAAAGUUUCACAUUCUUCAUGGCUUAGAACAUUUAUUUAGCAUCUGAAAUAACAUUACAUUUCUUGCUUAUAAUAUUUUCUCUUAUUUUUCUCUCAUUUUUUCCCCUAGACUUACACCAAUCAUAAUUUUUUGGAGAUUUUCAUUAACAGUUAUAUCUUGCCUGGGAAAUAGCUUAUCUAAAAUUGCACCCACUGAUUAAUUUUCCUUUGAAGCUCGACAGUACAACUGUGUGUAAGAAUGAGAAGGGACAAAAUUGAAUCAAAAUUAUGUAAUUAAUAGUUAUAUGAAUUAUAUCAUUGUAAUAAUCAUAGUGAUGAUUAUGAUAAACAUUAAUAUAUCCCAUAACAUCUAUAAAGAUGUAUAGGCCUACUCAAAUAUUGAGGAGGAAUAGUAGAAAUGAAAACCAGUUUAGGGAGAUGGCUGUAGUAUUGGUCACUACCCUUUUGUGUUUAUUUUUGUGUGGUUUUCAGAUAACCUUGGUGGUAGAUAAUUAUGUUCAGUGACAAAAGAUUUUUUCAAUUUUUAGUAUCAGAUAUGAAAAUUGAAACUUUUUGAUCAAGAUCAAUUAAAUUCACCUCAUGAAUAUCCCAUUGUAAGAAAAAUGAAGAUUUUCACAUAUUUUUUCACAUAGUAAGUUAGUUAUGGCCUGUUUGCUUAACUCACUUGCAUAUUUCUGAAUUCAUUAUGCAUGUUUAUAUGCCCCUCCGCCCACUUUAAAAAGAGAGAUGUAAAGAAAAAAAAUCACAUAUUUUUAAUGUGAUGAUAUGAGGGUCGAUUUUGUGAAAAUUCAGCAUGCUUUUUAUUGACUUUUGUUUAUGUUAGAUUUGACUAUACAUUUUAUGAUGCAUGUUCCAAGAGAGGAAGGUCUGAUCAUAAUGACCCAGGUUUAAUCUUAAAUGUGUUCUAAAGUUGUGGUUUAACUAUGGAAAGCCAAUUGCAACAUAUCUAACAGCAGGAGUUCAAUUUAUCAGCUUAUUUAACACUCAAAUCAUUCUGAACUGUCUGGGAAUGGUAAAUGGUAAAUAAGUUUUCUUCACAAUUGAAGGAUGAGG